AGUUUCAUCCUUCUCUCUUUCCCGCUUUGAAGCCCCAUGUCCAUGGCCAGCGUUGCCGCUGCCGGCUGGGAAGACGCCAUUGACGUCGACGACUCCGACCUACCAUCGCUCCUCUCCCCACCACCACCCCCUCCUCCUCCUCCUCUAACCAACCCCUCCCUUCCUUCCCUUCGCGCUUGCUCCCAACCCGCACGCCCUUCCUCUCAUUCCCAACCCCCGGAUAACGCCGCUCCUCAAUUGAAGGCGAGAUCGGAGACACGGAAACUCAUCCCUGGUCCAGCCGGCGCCGUCCAGGCCGCCAUGCUCCGUCGAUCCGCCUCUCCGGCUGUGCCGCCCUCCAGAACUGGCCUUCGUCCCGAGACCGAAGUCGGGGUUGAUUUCAGGCCGGAUCUGGACGAAGAUGAUGAGGACUUCAAGAUGAAUCCAUGGCUGUCUGCCCUGAACUUUCUCGGGCAUUGUCACGCUUCUUCGGUGUCAAUUGGAUCGAUCAAAAAGCUGUGAAAGUGAUUUCGAGAGAUUUCCGCAGGUAUCAGGGAUCGUGAAGUCUUGCACGCCCAACGGAUUGGGGGAUUUGUUCAUAACUUUGAAGGAUCCGACUGGUACGAUUGAUGCUUCCGUCCAUCGGACAGUUAUUGAAAGCCGGAAACUUGGUGGUGGCAUAUCUGUUGGGUGUGUCCUUAUCUUGAAGCAGGUGAUGGUAUUUUGGCCUGUUCGGUCAGUUUGUUAUCUUAAUAUAACAUUCAACAAUGUGGUGAAGCUUAUCAGCAAUGACUGUGGAUUUCCUUCUAAACAGCUGCCGCCUACAUUUACGGCAGGAUGUGAUAAUCACAUGGAAGGUAGAUCAAGAACAGCUGAAACAGCAUCAUCCAUGAGACAAUGGACUGAAACCAUCUUCACUGAUCAGAUGGAAAGGAACUCAAGUUGUGAGCCUGUGAUAAGUAACAGAGUGCGAGAAGGUGCUGCAGCGAGCUUAUUAAACAACAUCAGAACUUCGGCUGCCACUACUAAUACAGUUGCUAUGCAUGAGAACAGAACAAGUGAACCUAAGAACCUGAUGUCUAACGCACCUACUGCUCAGACUAGCAAUGCAGAGGAAUUGGCUGCCGCUAAUAAUAUAGUUGCUAUGCCCAAUCAUAGAGCAAGUGAUCCAAAAAUGGCGACUUGUAAUGUAUCUACUGUGCAGAGGAGCAGUGCACAGGGAGCUCAAAAGAAUAUUAAUGGGCAGGGUGGGAUUAAUUCUGACCUUCAAAAACUGUUGCAUGGGAGAAAUACACAAGCUGUUGCUUCAAGCUUGCCAUGCAGAGUUAGCACCACAAUUCCUGUUAGAAAUAUAACUUCGAGGCCUGAUACCGGAGCAAACCAACAGAAUAAGAGAUCAAUUGCACAGUGGACAGACGAGCAACUCGCUGAACUUUUUGCUGAUAAUCAAGAUGACCCUGAAUUUGGCUACUGAGCUUCAUUCAGCAUUAACACCAAGCUGGGAAGUCACUUCAACUAACAGGUUCAAUUUAUGCCCCAUUUCUAGUUUUUGGAGGGUUUUGUAAGGAUAUGUUCUUACCUAUGGCGCUGUUAAAAGCUUAUCUUUGUAAAUAAAUAUGAGUAAAGUGAUGUGCCUUGUUACAUGUAGGACUUAGAUAUCAUUUUUGUUACUCUCCUCAUUUUGGAUGUAUUUCAUGGAAUUUAUCUUUUUGAUCAUCCGGUGCUUUAAA